AUGGAGGACGGAAAGCCUGUCUGGGCUCCGCACACGUCUGAUGGGUUUCAGAUGGGAUUGAUUGUGGAUAUUGGCCCUGAUACCUUAACUAUUGAACCUCUAAAUCAAAAAGGCAAGACCUUUCAUGCUGCUAUCAACCAAGUCUUUCCUGCAGAAGAAGACAGUAAGAAGGAUGUGGAAGAUAAUUGUUCGCUAAUGUAUUUAAAUGAAGCCACACUCCUACACAAUGUAAAAGUUCGAUACAGUAAGGACAGAAUUUAUACAUAUGUAGCCAACAUCCUGAUAGCAGUGAACCCGUACUUUGAUAUACCUAAACUUUACUCAUCAGAUGCUAUUAAAAAGUAUCAGGGUAGAUCACUUGGGACACUGCCCCCGCAUGUCUAUGCAAUUGCCGAUAAAGCAUUUCGUGAUAUGAAAGUACUCAAGAUGAGUCAGUCGAUCAUUGUGUCUGGAGAGUCCGGAGCUGGCAAGACAGAAAACACUAAAUUUGUUUUACGGUAUUUGACUGAAUCCUAUGGAAGUGGUCAAGAUAUUGAUGACAGAAUUGUAGAAGCCAACCCCCUUCUAGAAGCCUUUGGAAAUGCAAAGACCGUUCGUAAUAACAACAGUAGUCGCUUUGGAAAAUUUGUCGAAAUCCAUUUCAAUGAAAAGAAUUCAGUAGUUGGUGGAUUUGUGUCACAUUAUCUGCUGGAGAAAUCGAGGAUCUGCGUUCAAGGCAAAGAAGAAAGGAAUUACCAUAUUUUCUACAGGCUGUGUGCUGGAGCCUCUGAAGAUAUAAGAGAGAAACUUUAUUUAAAUUCGCCAGAUAAUUUUAGAUAUUUGAAUCGUGGUUGCACUCAGUACUUUGCUACCAAAGAAACAGAUAAGCAAAUUUUACAGAACCGCAAAAGUCCUCAGUACUUGAAAUCAGGCUCUCUGAAGGAUCCUCUACUCGAUGAUCAUGGAGACUUUAACAGAAUGUGCACUGCGAUGAAGAAGAUUGGCUUAGACGAUGAAGAGAAGCUGGAUCUCUUCCGGGUGGUGGCUGGCGUUCUACACCUUGGGAAUAUUGAUUUUGAAGAAGCUGGCAGCACUUCUGGUGGUUGCACUCUGAAGAAUAAAUCUAGCCAGUCUCUGGAAUGCUGUGCAGAGCUCCUCGGUUUGGACCAGGAUGAUUUGCGUGUAAGCCUCACCACCAGAGUCAUGCUGACAACAGCAGGGGGCACCAAAGGAACGGUUAUAAAGGUUCCACUGAAAGUAGAACAGGCGAACAAUGCACGUGAUGCUCUGGCAAAAACUGUCUACAGUCACCUCUUUGACCACGUGGUAAACAGGGUGAACCAAUGUUUCCCUUUUGAGACGUCUUCUUUUUUCAUUGGAGUUCUUGAUAUCGCAGGUUUUGAAUAUUUUGAACACAACAGCUUUGAACAGUUUUGCAUUAACUACUGUAAUGAGAAGCUGCAGCAGUUCUUUAACGAAAGGAUUCUCAAAGAGGAACAAGAACUUUACCAGAAAGAAGGUUUAGGUGUCAAUGAAGUCCACUAUGUAGAUAACCAAGACUGUAUAGAUUUGAUUGAAGCGAAAUUAAUAGGUGUUCUUGACAUUUUGGAUGAAGAAAAUCGGCUUCCCCAGCCAAGUGAUCAGCACUUUACAUCAAUGGUACAUCAGAAGCACAAAGAUCACUUCAGACUCUCGAUACCCAGGAAAUCUAAACUGGCUGUUCACAGAAAUAUCCGAGAUGAUGAGGGCUUUAUAAUCAGACAUUUUGCAGGAGCAGUAUGUUACGAGACAACCCAGUUUGUGGAGAAAAACAACGAUGCUCUGCAUAUGUCUCUGGAGUCCCUUAUAUGUGAAUCCAAAGAUAAAUUUAUCCGGCAGCUCUUUGAAUCCAACACGAACAAUAACAAGGACCAUAAACAAAAAGCAGGGAAGCUCAGUUUCAUCAGUGUGGGAAACAAAUUUAAGACUCAACUGAACCUGCUCCUGGAAAAGCUUCGCAGUACAGGGUCUAGCUUUAUUCGCUGUAUCAAGCCUAAUUUAAAGAUGACAAGCCACCACUUCGAAGGCGCCCAGAUCCUCUCCCAGCUCCAGUGUUCAGGCAUGGUGUCUGUUUUGGAUUUGAUGCAAGGUGGCUUCCCAUCCCGAGCCUCAUUCCAUGAGCUAUAUAACAUGUACAAAAAGUACAUGCCUGCAAAGCUAUCCCGUUUGGAUCCUAGACUCUUCUGCAAGGCACUCUUCAAAGCCCUUGGAUUAAAUGAAAAUGAUUAUAAAUUUGGAUUAACCAAAGUGUUUUUUAGACCUGGCAAGUUUGCAGAGUUUGAUCAGAUCAUGAAGUCUGACCCAGAUCAUCUUGCUGAGUUGGUUAAACGAGUCAACCACUGGCUUAUCUGCAGUCGUUGGAAGAAGGUCCAGUGGUGUUCUCUGUCAGUUAUUAAAUUGAAAAACAAAAUAAAAUACAGAGCCGGUGCCUGCAUUAAAAUACAAAAGACGAUUCGUAUGUGGCUGUGCAAGAAGAAGCAUAAACCACGCAUUGAUGGGCUAAUAAAGGUCCGCACCUUGAAGAACAGGCUUGAUAAAUUCAAUGAAGUAGUAAGUGCUCUGAAAGAGGGGAAAGCAGAAAUGAGCAAGCAGGUCAAGGACCUUGAAACGUCUAUUGAUGCUUUGAUGAUCAAGAUCAAGGCCACUGAAAUGCCUAGGCAGCAGAUACAGAAGGAAUACGAUGGUCUAGUGAGAAGCUCAGAGCAGCUUCUGGGCUCACUGCAGAAAAAGAAGCAACAGGAAGAAGAACAAGAAAGGCUGCGGCGCAUCCAGGAGGAAAUGGAAAGAGAACGGAAGAGGCUUCAGGAAGAGGAGCAACGUCGGAAGAAGGAAGAGGACGAAAGGCGACUAAAGUAUGAGAUUGAAGCAAAGAGAAAACAGGAAGAGGAGGAGAGGAAAAAAAGGGAAGAAGAAGAAAGACGAAUUCAGGCUGAAGUUGAGGUACAGCUGGCACAAGAACGCGAAGAAGCGAACCAGCAGCAGGCCGUUCUGGAACAAGAGCGCAGAGACCACGAGCUGGCCAUGAGAAUUGCCCAGAGUGAGUCUGAACUCAUCAAUGAUGAAUCUCAGCUGGACCUCGGGUUGCGCAGACCCAAUGGAACAAGAUGUCAAAUGACUGCGGAGCAAAUGGCCACUGAAAUGUCAGAAAUUUUGUCUAGGGGACCCACAGUGCAAGCCACCAAAGCUGCAGCCGGCACUAAGAGACAUGACCUUAGCAAGUGGAAGUACGCAGAGCUACGUGAUACCAUCAAUACCUCUUGUGAUAUUGAACUGCUGGCAGCUUGCAGAGAAGAGUUUCACAGGCGGCUAAAGGUUUAUCAUGCUUGGAAGUCCAAGAAUAAGAAGCGGAAUACGGAAACAGAACAGCGUGCACCCAAAUCAGUGACCGACUAUGAUUUUGCACCAUUUUUGACCAACUCAACUCAACAGAACCCAACAAGCCAGUUGUCUGCCAGGCAGCAGCAAGAGGCAGAGAUGAGUCGUCAGCAGCGUUACUUCCGUAUUCCGUUCAUCCGCCCAGCGGACCAAUACAAAGAUCCACAGAACAAGAAGAAAGGCUGGUGGUAUGCACACUUUGAUGGACCAUGGAUUGCUCGUCAAAUGGAACUUCAUCCCGAUAAGCCACCCAUCUUGCUAGUGGCUGGCAAGGAUGACAUGGAGAUGUGCGAGCUGAAUCUUGAAGAGACUGGCUUGACUCGUAAGCGUGGAGCUGAGAUUUUGCCGAGGCAGUUUGAAGAGAUCUGGGAGCGCUGUGGGGGAAUCCAGUAUCUUCAAAAAGCGAUUGAGAGCAAACAAGCUCGGCCUACGUAUGCAACUGCUAUGUUGCAGAACCUGUUGAAAUAA